AUGAAAAUUCAUCCAUUUAAACAAAAGGAAGAUUUGGAGACAUUGCAUACUUGGAGUAGUUAGAGACAACUUACUGAGAUGGGAUCUUAGGUAGGUUUAACUUAUGCUAAUAGUGGGUUUUAAUAACCAAUUAAUAAUAGUAAGAGGAAAUAUAGAGCUAAAACAGUAAAAAAUUUGUAAGAAUUUCAAACUUAUAUAAAAGUAUACAAAUGUCCUCAACAACAACUAUCUCUCCCACUAAUUCUUAAAGGAUAGAUAAAAAACAAUAAUUUUCUAAGUUAAUCAGAAAGAUUAUUAAUGCUCAGCACUUUAUAGAGGAACUUAGAAAUUAUGCUGAUUAGUUAAGAAGUUAAAAUGUACGUUAUGCUUACAAAAGAAGAAGUUUUUUACCUUUAUUUCCAGAUGAUAUACCAUAUAUAAUAUGGGGAUUAAUUAUAAAUUUAUGUACUGAUGUUGCAGCAAUUUUGUUUCCUUUGUAAAUUGCAUUUGAUUUUGAAGUACAAUUUAUAAAGUAUAAUAGAGGGAGUGGGUAGUCAAUUGACUUUGAUAAUUUAAAUAAUAUUUUGGUUGGAUCUAAUUAUGAAUUUUUUUAUUUGUCAUGUAAAUAAAUAACUAGAUUUGAUUUACAAUUUUUAAGAUAUUGCAUAUCAUUAUUUAAGUAGUUGGUUUAUAUUUGAUUUAAUUUCAGUAUUACCUGAUUUUGAUAUAGUUGGACUCAAAAUAUUAAAACUAAUAAGAUUAUUAAGAUUUUUCCUAUUUGAAAGAAGAGUCGCAUAUAAUCAAUCUCUUGAUUUAUUAAAGUAGCAAAAGGCAAUUAAAGAUGAAUUGGUUGUGAGGAAUGAAUAUAAUUUUGAUUUAAGAUUAAAGAAAUUAAUUAAAAUAUUUUUAGAAAUGAUUGUGCUUAAUCAUUUAUUUGCAUGUUUAUGGUUGUGGAUUUGUAGAUUUAAUAAUGAUACUAAUUGGUUAUCAUACUAUAAACUUAAUGAAAAAGAUUAAUUAACACAAUUUAUUUAUGCAUUCUAUUGGGCUUAUUAAACUAUAACAGUAAUAGGUUAUGGGGAUGUAGAAGCUCAUAAUUCUGAUGAAUAUUUGCUUGUAAUAAUUUGGAUGCUAAUAGGAGUUGGAUAUUAUUCAUUUACUAUUGGAAAUAUUACUUUUAUUUUGAUACAAUCAAAUCCAAAUUAAGAAUUUGAUGAUUAACUUUUUAAUUUAGAAGACAUAAGUGUAAAUAUGCCAGAAUAAAUAUAAGAAGAUUUAUUUAAAUUUACAAAAUAUAAUAUAUAAUAUAAUCCUUUUUGGGCUGAUGAUGCUAAAAGAAUACUUUUUGAAUUACCACAUCCAUUAAUUUUAUAUAUGAUGGCAUCUGUCCAUAAAGAUAUAUUUAGAACCAUUCCUUUUAUCUCUAAUGACAUAAACUUUUCUGCUGCUAUUCUACCUUAUUGUACUUUAGGCUAUUACAAACAAUUUGAAACCAUAUAUUAUAUAGGAUAGAAUGCUAAUGAUUUCUAUUUUCUAAUCUAAGGAGAUGUAAGAUUAUGUGAUGCCAGUGGUGAAUCUAUUAUAAGAGUAAUGGAAGGAACAUGCUUUGGUGAAAUUGAAUCUAUUGAAUAUACUUAAAGAUGUUGGAGUGCAUUAGCAUUGCAAGACAGCAUUGUUUUAAUAUGUUCUGCUCAUUUCUUUUCAUAAUAUUUAUAAAAUGAAUCACCUUAAUUCUUUGAAUUACAAUAAAUGUAUAAGAGAAGAAAAAUAAUAUUAUUUCAAUAAGCAAAGUUCAAGCGAUGUAAAUUUUCUUUUAUAAUAAGAAAAACUAAACAAAAUUAGAAGAGGACAUGCUGUUAAUGAAGCUUAAAAAUUAAACAGGAAAAAUACAUUAGCUUUAUAAUUGGACAAUUUAAAAUAAAAAUUUGAUAAUCGUCCAUAUUAAAGUGUUUAAUAAGAUUUAAUGCUAUAAGUUGUAGGUUAAAAAUAAGCUAGAUUUAAAAUUAUACGUGAAAAGUUUGUUAAUGUAAUUUUAAAUUAUUGUAUAUAUUAGGCUAUAUCUAAAGUUAGAUAUUAUGUCUAAAAAGCAUAGAAAUUAAAAAAUAUAUCUGUUGAUGAUCCAGAUUAUCGAAUCAUUAAUAGUCUCAUAAAUAGUAGGAUUGUUAAUAGUACUUGGAGUAAAUAAAUAUCAAAAAAGUUUGGCAGAAAAUUAUUGAGUAAUUUUGUCAAAGUUUGUGAUGAUGAAGAAAAUAUUAGAUCUUUCAUAUUGAAAAGCAAGUAGGAAUCUAUUGAUAGAAUUAUGAGAAAGAAAUUGAUUCAUAUAAUUAGAAAUAUUACAAAAUAACAGAAGAAAGAAAAAAUUGACAAAAAUAAGAUUGAUUUAUUUUAUGGAAAAUUUCAUUAAUAAAUUUAUGAAGAAAUCAAAAAUGAAAAAUUAGAAGAACGAAAAAAGUAAAAAUAGAAACUUGAAAGUAUUAAGUAAGAAAACAAAAUUAGAACACAAAUUUAAGCAUUGAAUUCCAAUUUUAAGUAAUUGGAAAAAUUACAUACAUCACUUUCUAUGGCUAUUUUCGAAAUCAAUUAACAUGAAUUUGAAAUAGAUGGUCUUAUAUCAGAAGUUAAAUAAUAAUUGUUAUUAGUUUAAAUUUGA